CCCUCUACAGGUCGUCCGCACUUUGCAGCCCAGAUUUGGUAACUCCCACUGAAUAGCCGCCGGCGCCCCCUUUAAAAGAUGGCCGCCUUGGCCUCCCGGAAACAGAAGCGCCUGCGUUGAACAGUAAAACGCGCUUUGGCUGCUCCAGCUCCCCGUAGCACAAUCAGCUGGCCACGGUUUUUUUUUUUUUUUCCGUUUCUUCUUCCAAGAUGGUGGCGCCCAGGUUACUCGGCAACCGGAGGCUUUGGGACAGUUCGACGUCCUUCUUCUUCCUCCUGCAACUCAUUCUCUCGGCGGUCGGGGCAAAGCAGGAGCCCAUCAAGGCCGACUUCGAUGUCAGACCCGGCGGGAUGGUUCACUCGUAUUCGCAAAAUCUGGGAGACGUUACCUGCACUUUUACCUACGCAGCUCAGGGCGGGACGAACGAGCAAUGGGAAAUGAUUAUUGGGGUCAGCGAAGACAAGAAGUUAAUUUCCUGUUCGAUCUGGAGGCCCCAAGGAAAAUCUUACCUUUUCUUCACCCAGUUUAAAGCUGAGAUGAAAGGAGCAAAGAUCCAGUACGCCAUGGCUUACUCCUCGGCUAGCGUCGGAGGACAGAACGAUGUCCCAUUAAAAGAGGAGGAAUUCUUGGUCACGGAACAGGCAGUGUCUCACCGGGAGGGCAAAUUCCACUCCGAACUCUCCAAGCUGAUGAUCGUGGCCGAAAAAUCCCACGACGAACUGUGAGCCCCGUCCAUCUUGGCCUCGGCGAAGACCUCAGGUCGCUCUUGGUGGGGACUCUUCUUUUCACGGAUCCCAAGGUCCACCUGAGCGCGCCAUUUUAAGAAGAACACAUUUGGGGAAGAAACACAAGCCAUGCGUAUGACCCUUGGACUCGGGAGCUCCCUUCCACGGCAUUCUUCCGUGUCCUGCAACGCGUGAGAAGCGAACUGGGGACAGGAUUAAUGCAUCUCGGAUCCGAUGCUGCAAAAACUGAUUGCAUAGGAUCUGGCCGUAUCCACUUGGAGCAGGAUUUAGCCCAAAAGUCUUGCAGAAAGUCCAUCCCUUUGCAGGAAUUGGUGUGUGCGUGUUUUGCUCGCGCGUGUAAUCCCCUCCAAAAAGUUUCCUUCUCCCCUCUUCCCACCUCUUCCCCAUAUACUGGUCGAAUGGUCACACCCCCCCUAAAAAUCCCCCUCCCCCGCCCCUCCCGUGGAAAUGGAGCAAUCGUAUAAUAAAAACAGAUUUAUAUCCUCAA